AUGAUCGACUUCUCCUUCCUGAACCACACUUCUCCGUCCCAAUGCAACGAUUUUGACGGGCAUGAGCAGACGCCCGCACGGCUGCCUCGACAUCCAGAAGGGCCUCAAGAUACAGAACAAGUUGAAUUUUACCUUUCACCCCACAAUACACCACUCAUCGACCCAAGGAGACCGUUCGGCAAGGGAUGGUCCCCUUCUACCUCACCUCAGAUUUAUCAGAUAGAGACCUCGAAGGCAAUCCCGAGCUUUCCAGAACCCCUCAACUUCGCCACUGAAGUCUUGUUUCACCCCACUGAUAGAUCCAUUUUCGAAUACUUUAUCGUAAAGCUAUCCGGGGUGGCAGUAGCAUUCGACGAUUCCGCGCAUAACCCCUAUCGAUGCCAGAUUCUGCCGAUGUGCUUUCAAUACAGAAGCUUGCUGUAUGCUGUGCUGGCUAUAUCAGCAUUGCAUCGUUGGAAAGCCCACCUUGGAGACAAGUCUCGCGCCUUCUUCCACAGGGCUAAAUCUUUCCAAAUGUGUGCGGCAGAGCUUGGAAGUCCUGCCCACACAGCUGUUCGAACCCUGACAGAAUUUAUAUUGCUGGUUGUGUUCCAGAUCUAUCAUGAUGGGAGGUCGGUGCAGGGGCUGAGUCAACUACGCGAUAAGAUUGAAUCCAGUGGCGGAAUAGAUUCAGUGGACUACGGAUCAGGGAUGAUCAGUACUGGAUACCACGGAGCGUGCAUUCUCGCCGCAACAUUCAACCGCCGGUACAGUCAACGCCUCCUUGACAAGUCUCACCUAACAUGGGCAGGGUGUUCACUGGCGACCGCAGAAUUGUUUGAAGACAUCCCUACUCCCACCAUAAUGAACCCUAAACCAAGCACGGACCCCUCUUCCAGUGGAAAUUUCUCCUUUGAAUCCUGCUGGGGCUGCCACGAAGAUAUAUUCAACUUCAUUGGCUCGACCACAAAAUUUGCGAUGAUAAUACGUGACUACAACAGCGACAUCCGUGAUGCCUUACUCUGUGAACCAGUCUUUCUUGCGCAUGCCCAGAAGCUCGAGCGUAUGAUGCUGGAAUGGGAAGCUGAAUCUUCCUUGUCCGACGAUGCACCUAGGGAGAUGUCGAUCAACAGCUCGAUUGUCUUCCGGGAUGCAGCGCUACUGUUUCUCUAUCGCAUGGUCUGGGAUACCAGGAAUAGUGACUCCCGAGUGCAGAACACGACGAGCAGUCUGCUUGAAACUCUAGGUUAG